CUUUCAUUCGGAAUCUCAUUCAGUGGUAAUACUUUAGACUAUUAACAUGGAAAAUCAAACGAUUCCUCCACCGGUGGAACUGAAAAACCCAUUAGUGGUUUCGCACAAGCUGCUCAUGGGCCCUGGACCAUCCAACGCUUGCCCCAGGGUGUUACAAGCAUUAUCGCAACCAGUGUUGGGCCAUAUGCAUACGGAAUUAUUUCAGAUUAUGGAUGAUAUCAAAAUAGGUAUGCGGUACCUUUUUCAAACGAGGAGCAACCUCACUUUGGCCCUCAGUUCCUCUGGACACUCCGGCAUGGAGGCCGUUAUUUGUAACUUACUAGAACCAGCUGAUAAAAUGCUCAUUUUAAUUGGUGGCAUUUGGGGGGAGCGUGCAAGCGAUAUGGCCAAAAGACACGGUGUACAGGUGGAAAUAUUAAAAAAAGAACUUAACCGCCCGGUGAGUUUGAUAGAGAUAGAUUCUGCCGUAAGCCGUUUUAGACCAAAGUUGCUCUUUGUGGUCCAAGGUGAAAGUUCCACUGGGAUUUAUCAGGACGUUGAGGGCAUUGGAGAAAUAACGAGAAGAUAUAAUUGCUUAUUGGCUGUAGACACAGUAGCGUCACUGGGGUCGGUGCCGCUCUACAUGGAUCUCUGGAACAUAGAUGUUGUCUACACUGGUUGCCAGAAAAUCAUUGGGGUACCACCUGGAUUAACCCCCAUAUCAUUUAAUGAAAGAGCCCAGAAAGUGAUUUUUAAUCGAAAAACUCCAAUACAGUCUUACUACUUGGAUAUGACCCUUUUAGGGCAGCAAUGGAACUGCUUCAGUAAAGAUUUGUCUAGAGUGUAUCACCAUACGACUUGUGCCAACCUCUUAUAUGGCCUAAGGGAAGGUAUCGCCAUAUUGGUCGAAGAGCAGCUGGAAAAUACGAUAAAAAGGCAUCAAACUUGUGCUCAAAGGUUGUACAGGGGACUAGAGAAAUUAGGAUUGGAAUUCUAUGUGGAAGAGGAGCACCAUAGAUUGCCUUCGGUUACUACUGUGAAUGUGCCAAAGGAUGUUGACUGGAAAAAUGUCCUCGCUUAUGCCAUGAAAAAUUAUCGAAUGGAAAUUAGUGGCGGAUUAGGACCUACCGCAGGAAAAGUGUUUCGAAUUGGAAUUAUGGGGUACAACGCCACCCCUGAGAAUAUCGAUGGUACUUUGCAGGUUCUGAAAGAAGCACUGGAGUAUUCGAGAAAUCAUUCUAAGUUAUAAUUGAAGGCAAAUAAAUUACUUUAAAUAUGAAAAAAAAA